AUGGGUGUUAACAAACAGGUAUCCACCUGGGUCAGGUCAUUUCUUCGCCACCGCAGCCAAAGGGUUGCAGUGGAAGGUCAAAUCUCCGACCAGCUACCAGUGUUAUCCGGUGUCCCUCAGGGUUCAGUCCUAGGACCCUGUCUGUUCCUGGCAUAUAUCAAUGAUUUGCCAGAAACUGUCAAAAGUAAAACCAGGUUAUUUGCGGAUGACACUAUAGUCUACUUGACAAUUAAAGACCAGACUGACGCUGACAGACUACAGGACGACCUACAUAAACUUGAAGUUUGGGAAUGGGACUGGGCUAUGGAGUUCAACCCAGACAAGUGUGAGGUGCUGAGGAUCACCCACUGGUAUCUUAUCACUCCCCGUGGUCGAGGGGUUUACACGCUCGCUUUGGAAGCCAGAGCCGGAAAUCUUCAUCAGAUGUCUAGCAAUUUGCAUUUCCUCGCCAAGGAAGAGAGAGUACCAGAUCCAACUAGACUCGUGGCAAAACAAUGGCUUGGUCUUAUACUAGACGACAUAGAGAAGAAAUAUAGUAAGGACACAGGGCUUUCGAAACUGUCUCGCUGUGAAUAUAUAGUUCUUCAAAAUAUUCGCCCAUUGCUUGAACUCGAUAGUGUAGCAUACUCGGAUACCAUUAAAGCUUUACACUGGAAAGUUGUCGAAAAACAAAUAGACUG